AUGGGGAUUUGCUAUAUCUGUAAAGAACAAACUACCUUAUAUUGUAUUGACCAUGAAAAACAUAUUUGUUUAAACUGUCUUACAAAAAGUCAUAAAGAAUGCACAAUUUGUCAGUAUGUGGAUUAUGUCGAUGGUAAAGUAAAAAAGGAUAAUACAUGUUAUUUGUGUGGAGAAGAAAUUUUUGAAGGGGACUCAAUAGUUCGAUUACCUUGUUUACAUAAAUUUCAUCAAGAGUGUUUGUUAAAAUCAUUAAGUAAUAUUCAUUUAAAUGAAUCAGAAAAAUGUGAAAACCAAUUUAAAUGUCCAAAAUGUUUAACUGAUAUCUUUACAGAAGAAAAUCAAAACUCAGUGUUAAUGCAAUCUCUUAUUCAACAAUUUAAACAAUUAGAGAUUAUAAAAAAAUAUGCAAAUAUUAGUGAUGAGAGUGUUAGUGAAUCUACAACAAGUGAAGUUAUAGCAGCUAUCAGCUUGAAAAAUAAUGAAGAAGAUAAUAUUGUAGAGUCUCAAUCUGUUGAUACAACUAAAAAAGGAGAUGAAGUGGCAAUUGGAAUAAACCCUGAAGAACAAAGCAUUGAUUUAGAAAUAGAGGAGAAUGAAGACAAGAAAGUAGUGACAAGAGAUAUGGAUGGGAAUUCUUUAUUACAAAGGUUUGUUGUUUUUGUUUUUCAUUGA